UUUUUUUUUUUUUUUUGGUCGGUGUAGCUGAGUGCCAGGAAUAAGGAGGUUCUAAGCAAGUCUUUUGUAUACCUCUGCUCAAUGAAGGGCGGGUUGGUAAGAGUGUCCUAAAGAUACACUGGGUUUUGAGAAUUGGUUUCUUCGUCCUCUGAGAAACUACUACCCUGUUCAGCUUAAAAAAAAAAAAAAAAAAAAAAAAAAAAAGCGCCAGAGAGAAGAUGGCAAGCUGAAACACUUCUUUCCUACCACUACUUUCUCCGUGAUAAGACUUGAGAAAUUGCUAGGAGGGGCCCCACAGUGUCUCCUGGGAAUUCUGGUGGCCCCUGCCUUACGUCAGAGGGAAAGAAGCUUCUGGGGUAGGAAGGAUUGGGAAAGGUGAGAGUAAUUGGAAAGAGAAGCAACUGUUUCUGUUGUUUCUCCUCCUCCUUCUCCUCUUUUCCCUCCUCCCCCUUCUUCCUCCUCCUCCUCCUCCUCUGUCUCCUCCUCCCGCAGCUGCAGUCACCUCUCAUUUCCACGCCACACUCCCAGGUGGGUUGUGGCUGCUGUGCUCUCAGAGGGAGAGUCCACCCCAGGCAGCCUCUUUUGCUCUCUCAAGUUGCCUUAACAUUCCGUGCCUUUCCUCAGACCUCCGAUCCUGCUUCCAAUGGCCACAGAGUGGCCAGGACGCUCCGGGGCUGUAGUCAGCUGCCUGAAAUUCUUGCUGAUCCUCUCGGUCCUGAAUUUUCCUUGUGAAGCCUGUAAGGAUGUUACUUUCUAUGUGCCUAUUGAAUUAGAAGCUAAAGAAAUUAUUGGCAGAGUUAAUCUGGAAGAAUGCUUCAAGUCUGCAAACCUUAUUCAGUCAGGUGAUACUGACUUUGGAAUUGUAGAAAAUGGUUCAAUAUAUCCAACAAGGACACUUUUGUUGUCUUCAGGGAAGAGAUCUUUUAUCAUAUAUCUUGUAAAUACUCAGAAUUGGAAACAAAAGGAAAUAAACGUUACAUUGGAACAUCAAAAGAAGAAACUGAACAAAAGACAAGUAAAAGAAACAAUUCUCAGACGUGCCAAGAGAAGAUGGGCUCCUAUUCCAUGUUCGAUGCAAGAGAAUUCCUUGGGCCCUUUCCCUUUAUUUCUUCAACAGAUCCAAUCUGAUUCAGCCCAGAAAUAUACUGUUUAUUACUCCAUCAGUGGACCUGGAGUUGAUCAAAAACCUCUCAAUUUGUUUUAUAUAGAGAAAGAUACUGGGAAUUUAUUUUGUACUGGUCCUGUAGAUCGUGAGACAUAUGAGGCUUUUGAGAUAGUAGCUUAUGCUUCCACUCCAGAUGGAUAUUAUUCAGAUUCUCCUUUACCACUUACUAUCAAAAUUGAAGAUGAAAAUGACAACUAUCCAAUGUUCACAGAAACAGUUUAUAAUUUUGAGAUUCUUGAAGGCUCUAGAGUCGGUACUGUAGUGGGGAAGGUAUCUGCCACAGAUAGAGAUGAACCUGAUACAAUGCACACACGCCUGAAGUACUCCAUUAUAGAUCAACAACCACCAUCUCCUAAAUUAUUUGCAGUGCAUCCUGUUUCAGGUGUGAUCACCACAAUAUCACAUCAGCUGGACAGAGAGGUAGUAGACAAAUACAAAUUGACAAUGAAAGUACAAGAUAUGGAUGGUCAAUUUUUUGGUUUGAUGAAUACAUCAACUUGUAUCAUUUCAGUAAAAGAUGCAAAUGACCAUGCCCCCACUUUCAUAAAGUCUAUGUAUGAAACAUCAAUUGAAGAAAAUACAAUCAAGAUGAAUAUUUUGCGAGUAGCUGUACAAGAUAAGGAUUUGCCUAACACUGCUAAUUGGAGAGCUAAUUAUACCAUUUUAAAAGGCAACGGAAAUAAAAAUUUUGAGAUUGUGACGGAUCCCAAAACCAAUGAAGGUGUUUUAUCUGUUAUUAAGCCACUGGACUAUGAGGAAAAUAAGAAGGUGAUACUGGAAAUUGGUGCAACCAAUGAAGCCCCAUUUUCUAUUGAUAUACGGAGCAUAAGCACAGCUGUGGUAACAGUGAAUGUAAUAGAUCAGAAUGAAGGUCCGGAUUGCAGGCCAGCAGCACAAAGUGUUCGCAUUAAGGAAGAUGUAUCUGUGGGGACAAGAGUUAAUGGGUAUAAAGCACAAGACACAGAAACCAGAAGCGGUAGUGAUAUAAGGUAUAAGAAAUUAAAUGAUCCCAAAGGAUGGGUCACCAUUGAUGAAACUUCAGGAUCAAUAAUAACUUCCAAAAAACUGGACAGAGAGGCAGAGGGCAUUAAAAAUGGUGUAUAUACCAUUACAGUGCUGGCCACAGACAAAGAUGGUAAAACAUGUACUGGCACCCUUGGAAUUAUCCUUGAAGAUGUGAAUGACAAUGCUCCAGUCAUCCUUCAAGAUAAUAUAAUACUUUGCAAACCAAAGAUGGGACAGAUGACAGUUGUUGCUGUCGAUCCUGAUGAUCCAAUGAAUGGACCUCCAUUUGAUUUCAAAUUAGGACUUGGUUCUCCUGAUAUCCAGAAAAUAUGGACAGUGACCAGAUUGAAUGAUACAGCUGCAUAUCUUUCAUAUCAGAAUAAUGCUCAAUUUGGAAAAUAUGCCAUACCUAUUACUGUGAGUGACAGACAUGGAAUGUCUUCAACAAAGAUGAUGCGUGUUAAUCUCUGUGAUUGUGUUCAUCCAGAACAAUGUGAAUCUGCGAGAUCAGCAUAUGCAGAUACAAGACUGGGAACAUGGGCCAUCCUUGCAAUAUUAUUGGGCAUAGCAUUAUUAUUUUGCGUUUUAUUCACAUUAGUCUGUGGAAUUUGGAGUCCCUCAAAAGUAAAAAAACCAUUUCCUGAUGAUAUGGCUCAGCAAAAUUUAAUUAUAUCAAAUACAGAAGCUCCUGGAGAUGACAGAGUGUGUUCCACAAAUGGAUUUGCAACACAGAUGUUGAAUGGAAAUGGCCAAAGUAUUUGUGGCACAUUAGGAUCAGGAGUUAAAAAUGGGGGACACGAAUGCUUUGAAAUGGUGAAAGGAGGACAUCAGACCUUGGAAUCCUGUCGAGGAGGACAUCAAACUCUGGAAUCCUGUCGAGGAGGACAUCAAACUCUGGAAUCCUGUCGAGGAGGACAUCAAACUCUGGAAUCCUGUCGAGGAGGACAUCACAUUGUAGAUUCAUGUAGGAAUGGAGGACAUGUUGAAGUUGAUACUUGCAGAUAUACAUACUCUGAGUGGCACAAUUAUACUCAACCACAUCUUGGUGAAAAGUUGCAUCUCUGCAAUCAGAAUGAAGACAACACCAAUGCUCAAGAUUAUGUUCUAUCAUAUAACUAUGAAGGAAGAGGCUCCACGGCUGGUUCUAUAGGGUGUUGCAGUGAGCGCCAUGAUGAAGAAGGGUUUGAAUUUUUAGAUCAACUGGAACCCAAAUUUGCUACAUUAGCACAAACAUGCAUGAAGAGAUAAAUGUGUUGAUAAUAGUUCUUUAUCCUUUUUCACAUAGUUUAGAGGAAAUUAGAAAAAUUAAAUUUGAUGAUUAUGAUGAGAGUGAAUUUUUCUUCAUUUUGAAAAGAGGAUGUAUUUACCCUCACACAAUUUUUUUCCCCUUUAAAUCUAUUUACCUUUUCCAAGAGGCAAUACAAGGCAAAAUCAAAUCACUUUUCUUUAUUUGGAGGGCUAAAUAGAUAAAUGACUAUUUCUAAGCCUCCAUUAUAAGAAUUAAAAGUUCUGUAUUCACUUGUAUAUUUCCCCCUCCCUAUUUCCCUCAUCCUAAAAUUGUUAUUAAAACUUUGGUGAUGAUGCAUUGGCAGCAUACCAAGUGAUUUCCAUGCCAACAAUCCUAUAGACUGUAAUAAUUUCAAACUAAAUAUAAUGCAAUAUUUGAAACUUUUAUUAGGUGAAUGUUAGUUCCUUGAUCAUGUAGCAUGAUGAGAGAGAGUGAACAGAAAGGCAGGAAAAAAGGAAGGAAAGGGAGAGAGAAGAAGGGGAAGAGGAGAGAAGAGGGAUAAAGGUAGAGGGGGAGAGAGAAUUUUAUAUUCAUUAUCUAAAAAUGAUAUUUUUAAAAAAAAAGUAGCUCUUUAUUAAACUAACUGAUUAUAAUACUUACUGACUCUUGAGUCAGAGAACCUGGACUCAAAUUCUGCCUUUGAUGCUUAUUAUUUGUGUGACCGCCAGUAAGUUUCUUAAUAUUCCUCUGGCUCAGUUUCCUCAUCUGAAAAAUCAUGGGCCCAACAUCUUAUCUAUGAUCUUACAUUAAAUUUAUAGAACUCCUUUAUUUUUCUUUAUUCUCUCUGUGAAUUAAAAGACCUUAUUAAUUUCUCUGACUUGGUUGUUCCCUUCCAGUUAUUGGCAGAGAUAAGAAUGAUCUUUCAGUACUAAAAUUGCAGGAUCAACAACAUAAAUUUCUCUUUGAAGAGAAGGGUAACAUUAUUUGCUUCUGGUUGGGCAUUCUCUUUUCAACAUAAACCUUAUCUCUAAUAAUGUAUAGGAAUGCAGAGUGUUAACCUUUUACUACUUAUGAACAAUGAAAGUAAGUUUUAAUAGUAUUUAAUUUUCCAUAAUUCCCUUGAUAUAAAAUGGCUAAUGCCUUUUUUAGAAUUGUGAUUUUACACCUUAACUUUAUAAGCCAUAAGCAGUGAAGACUGAGUACAUAUAGAGUGUUGUGUGUCAAAAUCAGAGCAGAAUAACUACCAGUAUUUUUGAUAUAAUUAUUAUCUUCAUGGCUGUUAGUCACUUUUGGUAAUUCCCAAAAUAGGUGGACUAUGAACAUUCUGUAAACCAGGGAUGAGGAACCUUUUUCCUGCCAAGGGCCAUUUGAAUAUUCAUGGCAUCAUUUGCAGGCCAUACAAAAUUAUAAAUUUAUAGAACUCAAACAGUAAAGGUUAUUGUAUCUAGAUUUCAGCUCAUCCUCUCCUGUAGUUGUCUAAGGAAAUGAUUUCUUGGCUCCCUUAUGGCCUAUGGACUGGAUAUUCCCAAAUCUUGCUCAGAAGUGUAGAGAUCAAGUUACUUCAUUUCCCCCUAAGUUUAUGAAUUAUAAGAUAUAUAAAUGGACUUCAGGACAUCUUCAUCCUUGUCCUACAUAUUGUUCCUUUCUGUUUUCCGUCAAUACUUCUACCUUUUUUUCCAUACAAGCUGUUCUUCCUUAAAUGCUCUUUUAUUUUUCUCUUGCUUCAAGAAUCUGUAUGAUUUAAAAGAAGUCAUGGGGUUCGUAUACUUCAUUAUUUCCUAGGACUACCUCCUCCCCCUCAAAUACCAUCAAUUUGAGAUUUAAUUUGAAUUGCAAAGACAUAGCUUUUGGAAAAUUUAGUCACACUCUAAGUUUGUUCUCCACCUAAUAUAAAUUAAUGUGGUCAGGUUAGUAAUUGCAAAAUAAAGGGAGAGGGAUUUUGGAAUAGAUGGCAUAAGAGAGCAUAAGAAAACUAAGAACCUGAGAUUUUGGAACAGAAGGAGUUUCAGGGGUGAAAGAAGAAGAAAGGAAAAACAGAAGAUACCAAAAACUAUUUUUGCUUAUUCAUAUAUUAUAUAGGAUCCUCUACUCUUCUUUGUAGCCAAGAAUUGUUGUAAUAUAACUUGAUGGAUUAAUGAAUAGACUACCAGGCCUGAAACCAUACCAAUUCAUCUUCCUGAGUUCAAAUCUGGUUUUAGACAUUAACUCUGUGACCCUGAGCAAAAUCAAUUAACCCUUUUCUCCUCAGUUUCCUCAUUAAUGGAGUGAGCUAGAGAAGAAAAUGGCAAAACACUCCAGUAUUUUUGCCAAGAAAACCCUAAAUGGAAUCAUGAAGAACUAGACAUAAUUGAAACAACUAAACAACCAACAUUUUUGUUAGGUCUCUUUAUACAACCUCAGCCCUUUCCUUUUCCCCUAUAUCCCUACUUUCUUCUGCUUUGAAACUUCAGUAAAUUUAAAAGGGAAAGGGUUUAUGUAAGCUUGGUGGGGGAGCUUGAGUGAGGUUGGUGAAAGGAUGGAUCUAUACUUAGCUAUGUACAUCCCAAAGGUGUGGGAAUUUUAUAUGUGCUUAGCAGUAGCUUUUUAAAGAAAAUAUUUUUCUUGAUACAGUAUUUCUCAUUGGAUAUGUAUUUUGUACUUUUAAUUAGUUUGCUGUUGAAAUGUCCAUUAAAAAAUUUAGACUUUUAGAAAAUAUAUCAUCUUUUUAUAUUUUAAAACAGUUAAUAAUCUUUCUGUUGAUUGGCUUUAUCUUUACAAUGUACAAUUCUAAAAUGUGUGCUAUUUUGACCAGAGUAUGGAUAUUUAAAAGGAAAACCUCAAAAACUUUUUUGAAAAAUGACUACUUUUUAUACAAAUGUACAGACUAAUUUUCUUGGUUUUAUGGAAAUGUAUACACUUAAAAUGUUAAUUGUACACCCAAUUAUUUUUCAUUGUUCAUUUUUGUAACAAUAUUCAUUAUUAUAUUAGCUACAACUUUAUAGAAUUGUAAAUGGGCUGGGAAAAUAAAAACAUUUACUAUAUGCUAAUAAAA